AACAAAAAAGUCACUGAUCAAAAAAUAAAAAAAAAGAGGAAGGAAGAGUCGAAAUAUCUGAAUCUCUCUCUCUCUCUCUCUCAGAAGAAAGACGAUGUUGAAGCAGACGAUAUGCUCAUGGAUAGCAGCGAUCGUAAUCUUCUUCGUUCUCAUGAUCGUCACUCCCACCAUCCCUCAAUCUCAAGCCUAUCACGAUUUCGCCGAUCAACGCUCCUUCUUCGGUAUCCCGAAUGCUCUCAACGUCAUCUCCAACUUCCCUUUCCUCAUCAUCGGCCUCCUCGGUCUCCUCCUCUGCUACUACCCAGACAAUUACUUCAGAUUCAGUUUGCGAGGUGAGAAGUUAGGAUGGACUUGUUUUUUUGUUGGUGUGGCGGCUGUUGCUUUUGGAUCUUCUUACUAUCAUCUCCAUCCUGAUGACGCUCGUCUUGUCUGGGAUCGUUUUCCUAUGACUAUUGCGUUUACGUCUAUAAUGGCUAUAUUUGUGAUCGAGAGGAUUGAUGAGCAUAAGGGUACUUACUCCAUUGCUCCUUUGCUUCUUGUUGGCCUUGUUAGCAUUUUCUAUUGGAGGUGUUUUGAUGAUCUACGUCCAUAUGCUUUAGUUCAGUUUGCUCCAUGUAUUGUAAUUCCGCUUAUGGCUAUUCUUUUACCUCCGAUGUAUACACAUUCCACGUAUUGGCUCUGGGCUGCAGGAUUCUAUCUCUUAGCUAAGGUGGAAGAAGCUGCUGAUAAGCCCAUAUAUAGCUGGACGCAUCAUAUUGUUAGUGGGCAUUCUAUAAAGCAUUUGUGUGCUGCUAUGGUCCCUGUCUUCCUUACCCUCAUGCUAGCCAAAAGAGACGUUCAAACCGAGAGGAUUAGCUUGUAUAAGACAUGGAAGAGGAGUAGAGGGAAGGAGUGUACCUACUCCAACGUAGCAGUCGAAGAGACUCCGUAGAGGUUAUGUUGGGGACUCUCUCCGUAUUUUACCUUUGAAAGUUUGUGUUUAACAUCAUUGGCAAAUUGAACUAGUUAUAGCCGUAUAGGAGUAGUAGAGGUUGGUAAUCCAAUUGGAAAACUCAUGACCUUGUGUAAUCUUAUUACAAUGUAAACAUUUCAUAGUGGUAACAACACUUUGAUGUUAUCAUGAUAAAAAUUUGGGAUACAAAGUUUUCCUAUUGAAAUCGUCAAGUAGGAGGAAGUGUCGUUAAGUCUCCUAAUAACAGAGACGACACCUUGAAUCCCGUAACUUCUCAUCUCCAUUCGCCACCACUCCAGUGAACAACUGCUUGCUCAGAGCAGUCCCUGACAUCGCCUCUCCUCAAGAGUCAAGUCUUAUGCACUACUUUGAGAACUUA